UCACACUCGGUGUUUCGCGUACGCAGGUUCACGAGCUCCUUACCGACCUCAAUAGCAGCUGGGGCAGCCAACCACUUUGUUGAACGGGAACUCGUUAGAAAGAGACGGUCGUGGAAAAAUCGUUGGAAAAGUGUAAACAGACUAGAAAACAGCGGAAUUAAACUGUUCUGAAGCAUUGUUACUUUGUCACCUGAAGAACGGAAACCGUCGUCGCUUUUCGCCGGUACCGAGGAUAACACACAACUUCCCAAAGAGGAAUUCACUCAUUCAGGAUGUCGGAGUGAAACAAAGAGGUCUGAGGGUAUUCCUGUCGGAAAGGGGCUGAACUUCAUCCUUGUGGCCUUCUCUGAAUGGGAAAGAUGGAAAGUGAGUUACAAUGGUGGAAAGGACAGCUAGCAGGGGAUAUCCAUCAGUCCCUCCGCAUCAAGGAGUUGAAGCUGCCUGUGUAUCGGGCCCACUCCCCUCAGAUAGGGAUGCGUCGGUACUUUGCAGACCUACUGGCCAUACUGUCGAACCGCUACCAGCUGUGUCCUACAGCCAGACACCUGUCUGUUUACCUACUGGACCUGUUCAUGGAUCACUACGAUGUAGCCGUCAAACAGCUCUACGUCAUCGCCUUGUCCUGCCUGCUCCUUGCCAGUAAGUUUGAGGAGAGGGAGGACCGGGUACCUAAGUUGGAGCAGCUCAACUCCCUGGGCUUCAUGUGUUCUCUGAACCUUGUUCUCAACAAGAGAGACCUCAUCAAGAUGGAGCUGCUGCUGUUGGAGACGUUCAGCUGGAACCUGUGUAUGCCCACCCCGGCCCACUUCAUAGACUACUACCUCCAGGCCUCGGUGCAGGAGGGAGACCUGUACAACGGUUGGCCUCUCUCCUCCCUCUCCAAGACCAAAACCUUUAUGGACAAGUACACACACUACUUCCUGGAGGUGUCACUGCAAGACCAUGCGUUCCUGAGUUUCCGGCCGUCUCAGGUGGCGGCAGCGUGCGUAGCGGCGUCUCGUAUCUGUCUCCAGAUUUCUCCUAGCUGGACCACGUCUCUACACCUUCUGACUGGAUACACCUGGGAACACCUCACACACUGCAUCAAACUCAUGCUGCUUGCCCAUGACAACGAUGUGAAGGAGGCCAACAAACCCAAAUCCACCCCUCCGUUGUCUUGCUCCUCCUCUCUCCAGUCCCACCCUCCUCCCUCCCACCUCUCCCCAGUCCAGAGACCAGCUACCUCCUCCAACCCCCAGCAGCUCCUUUUCCAGCCUGGCCCAGUGGGCUUCCCUCACCUCUCCCAGCACUCUCCCUCCCUGUCCCAGCUCCACGCUCUAGCUGACUCCCAGGCUUUGGGGCCUGCUGUGGUCAACAUGUCCCAGGACAUCCUCCAAAGCCACAGGAUGGGGCUGCUCACUGGGGGCAACACCAUGACCUCCACAGCAGGGACCUUCCCCUCCUAUCCUAGCCUGACUUCGGGGCUGCUCACUGGGGCCAACACCAUGACCUCCACAGCAGGGGCCUUCCCCUCCUAUCCUAGCCUGACUUCGGGGAUGCAGCCUGGGGCUCGGGUGGCACCGCUGGCCUUGCAGGGCCCCAUCUCCAUGCAGGUAGCCUUGGCUGCGGAGCCGAGACACUGCCUCAGCAUGGCCUACACCGGAGGGUACCUCGGGGGCGUGGGUCCCCACCACACCUUCACGGCAGCGGGCUGCUUCGACAGGUGACGCCAGGAGACGGAGGAGAGGAUGAACAGCAAACCGCCCCGAGCCAGGGACAGGGAGCGCUGCAAUCCUCUUCCCUCACUACUUCCUCCUCCUCUCCGCUCCCUGGCAGACCUCCUCUCCAUCUCCGUCAGCACCCCGUCCCCUUCCUCUGCCGCACCCCGCCCUGCGCUCCCCACCCUCAGACAGAGACGGAGAGAAAGACGGCUAAAACACAAGCAAAGGUCAAAGGGCACCGAUGACCCCGUGGAGGUCAUCACACUGACAUGACACCUGAUGUCACUGCGACGUCACUGACUGACUGUUGAACGCUGUCUUCCGAUCCCGCCGCAGGAACGUGAUUCCAAGGCAGAAGCAUUAACCCACUGUAGAAUGGUCACCGUAUGUCCCUGGUUAAGAUGCUGUUAUCACUGUGAACCAGAGGCUAUGCAGCAUGAUUCCUCCUCAGUGCCUCCUGGGUUUUGACCAGAGUGAUGUCUGUCUGUCUGUGAAUUCAGCUGAAGAUGAAGUGCUGCUGGAUCUCUGUCACUCUAAUCCAAAAAAAGAUCAACUCAACUGAAGACUAGUAAUUGGCCAGUAAAGUGACAUAUUGAGCUGCUGACUUGAGAACAGUGGUAUGAAGUGUUAUAACUAGACCUACCAGUGAGUUGAAGAGGCUGUGUGUCACUUGCUAUGUCAGCGAAUAAAGGGAUUAUGUCACUCGUGACUAAGUGCUCCAGGGGCAUUCUGAGAAUUCCUACCCAAAAUCCUCUCUGGCUGGGGAGGGGAGACCACAGAGUUCAUUGUUUUGUCACAGCAGGGGAAAUCCAUAGUUUUAACAUAGCUGUCAUGUUUUGGCUUUCUCUUCUUUCAUCCUUCCCCCUUCCUCCUUCCUUGUCACCUCUCCUUACAGCCUUUAGUCUCCCUUCCUCCCUCCUUGUCACCUCUCCUUACAGCCUUUAGUCUCCCUUCCUCCCUCCUUGUCACUUCUUACUUUUUGCAAAGUCUUCUCUUGUGGUGGAGCUCGCCUCAUAUCUGGAUCUUUGGGGGGGGGGGGGGUGUUCCAACCACCAAGUCUCGUAGUGAGGGUUAAAGAGUGAAGCUUUGUUUUCCACGUCCUUCCACUCAGACUUCAAGUGGAAGUGAACUGACAUGGAAUGCUCAUGGUAGAGGAGACUUGGAAACAUAGAAAUAGAAUGAUUGGCAUUCUAAUUCUAUGCUUAGAACUUUGUUGAAGUAGAUAAUGACAUUCUGUGAUGGUUCUGUGUGAGCUGAAGACUUGUUUCCAUGAACCACAGUGUAUAUCAGGGACUUGAUGUAACAGAUUACUUGAAUACGAUGCCAUUGAAACGUGACGUAGCUUGUUAUUUAUAUGGACACAUUUAUUCCUUGUUGCUUUAUUUUAUAUUCUUUGGUGAAGUAAGUUUAGUUUUAGUUUUUAGGUUGUUUUUUUUAUACCAGCGUGUAAUGUUUUUUUUCUGUGCCCUUGUAUAACUGUAUAUUCAGGCUCAGGUUAGGCUGUGAAUAUCCAAUCAGCCGUCUCCUUAUUGCUGAGGUUACCCAAUCAGCUGUCUUCUUACUGUGUCCUAUUGAGUGUGCUUUAAGUAGAUACUAGUAUGGCACCCAGGAGGGUUUCUCACUUAUCUACCUCUCUGAGGAAGAGGACCUGAAUUUUUAAAUAACAUACUAAGAUAUAUAAACAAACACCAAAUUUGCAUCCUGGUAGAAUCCGUGACCUUCCAGACGAUGAAACACACAGCCCAUCUGCAGCUUGUCAUUACUAAUAGCUUCCCACAUUCCCAGCACUGCUUUUCCCCCAUACUUCUACUUCCUGUUGGAACGUAAACACAUCCAGAUUCCCCUUCUGGGUCACAGGGGGUCUCGCUGGUUACCGUGGCGAUGGCCCAAAAAAAUCUACAUCGGGGGCUCACUCAGAAGGAGAGUUAGUUGGAACGUUACAGAAUGUUUAGAUAGAAAUGUGCUGUUUAGAUCAGCUAUGGGUAUCUGUUGUGUAGAGCAGGGAAUAAUGGAAGCUCUAUAUAUCACAUUUCUAUCUGCAACGAUGUAAACUUCUGGUCCUUUUCUCUGUCCGUAUGCUAUUGAAUGUGUAAUGUUUUUACGAUGGUUGUACCUUGUCCCCAGCAGUUUUCACACUUGAACUAUGCUGAUACUACUAAGGCUGUGUUCUGGUUCUCAGAACAUGUUCUAUGUUCUAUAUGUGUUCUAUGUUCUAUAUAGGUUCUAUGUUCUAUGUUCUAUAUAAGUUUUUAUGUUCUGAUUCUCAAUGUUCUAGGCUUAGAUAUCAGAGAUGUAUUUAAUUGAACGCUGUAUGGAGCAUCUGUCAAGCAUCUGAAAUGUGUCUAAACCUUUUUAUAGCAUGAACAUACCUUACUGUAGUCUAGAUAGUAAUUUACUAGAAAUGGAAUGAAGGGCUUACUAGAGUAUGUUACUAGCAACCAAAUGUAUCUUUCUGCCUGAUCUCUUCUGAACUAUGUCAAUCUAUCCAGACUCACUCACUGUACGGUCAUCACUACUUUUUUAUAGACAAAGGGAUUGUGUCUUUUUUUGUUAACUCCAGUUUAUUUGACAUUCCUAUUAUUUUAAAGUGUAUUUGAUUUACCCCUGAUCUGUGUUUAAUAAAGAUGGAUGCAGUCAGUGUGGAGUAGUGGGUCAUAUUCAUUAGGCACCAAACGGAAGAAAACGGACAAACAGGGAGGGACUAUAUGAACUUGUCCCAAAAAGAAAGCUUUUUUUCUCUGUUUGCAAAACGUUUUGCUACGGUGUGACCUAAUGAAUACCACCCUGUUUUAGAUAAAAAGAACUCCAAGUCUUUUCCCUCACUAAAAAGCUACUUCUCACCGAGGUCUCAAGGUGCAAUAUGUUUUUGUUGGUAGAACCAUAGCAUUAGAAUGAUUCCUUCUAUUUCUACAGAUAGAAGUCUUCUCUCACAGCCGUCACUGUCUUGAGUAUAGCCCUCACUACUGGUUCAUCUUUUUCUAACUUCAUUCCUUGACAUUAUUGUGUGAUUUGACUCGACGUUGAUCCUUGCUGCCAGAAAGCCGAGAGCUCUGAACACUAUGUUGCACAUUGCAGCCUUGAUUGGUGUACUGUACGUGUUGCUAUAGCGAUACUGUUCAUGUUUCUAUGUCCACAGAACUGUGCUGAGAAACACACACACAACCACACUACUUGUCCAAUGAAAUGACACCAGAAAUGUCCCAACGUCUAUUUUUGUAAAGCUGUUGUUUGUAGUCUUUGUUGAAGUGACACAGAGAGGUUUCUUUUUUUAUCCGAUGAGCCAUUCAAAUAAACAACAACAAAAAAUAACUAAA